AUGGCAUCCCCUCCGUCCCAAGCGCUGGCCAAGCGAUCGGGGGGUGAGCUCAUGGCCCCUCCUCCAGCGCCAAAGCGAAUUAAACGCCCCGCUACCGUCCUCGAUGAAGAUGUCUACACAUCCGCCCUCUCCCACAUCAUCGCCCGCGACUUUUUCCCAGGCUUGCUAGAGAAUAAGGCCAAGCAGGAAUAUCUCGACGCUCUCGAGUCAAACGACAAUGAAUGGAUUAAAAGCUCCAAGAAAAGGCUCGCCAGUGUCAUGCGCACGCCAACGCCCGGAUCGAAUGCGCGCCAAAAGACAGACGCCGGGUCUGUCGCUGGGACACCGCAUCAUAUGCCCAGUCGGGCAGAUGAAACCCCCCGUGGUUGGGGAGGCGAUACGCCUAUGUCUGUUUCUUCGAAUGCUACAGAGAGAAAAGAUUUGGAGGUUCCUGAUGUUUCGAACAUGGGACUGCUCGCUUUCCAGGCGAAGUACACCAGCGAAGACAACGAAUCCUUCAAUAAGGUUCUGGACAAGCAAAAUACGAAGAAGAGGGAGAAAUACGCCUGGCUUUGGAAUCAGAACAAGGUUCCGUCUGCGCGACAAAUCGCCCAUCAUCAACGUGAAGCAAAGCGCAUUGCCGCGCAGGGUGGCAACCCCGAGACCGCCCUCAUCAAGCAAGACGACGCACCAGCUCUCAAAACCGACCUCAGUGCACGACCUGCUAGACCAGACGCCUGGAACUCUCGUCCUGACAACUCGCUCAUGUUUCUCCCUUCCUCGGUCGAGGAUACGCACGAAACUCUCCACCAGAAAGCAGAGACAGCCUCUCGCGCAGGUCCAAAGCGCACAUUAUACCAAAACACACGCCUCCUAGACGCCGACGCUGCAGCCGCAGCAGACGCAACAAACAAAAUCCCGCCAUCCCCAUCGCUCUCCGCCAUACAAGACGCCAUCGCCGGUCGCCCACGUCUCAGCGAGUCCGAAGCAGCAUCCGCAUUCGCAGGCAGCGAAACACCCCGCGUAAACGGCUAUGCCUUUGUCGACGAAGAUGAAUCCGAGCCUGAGCCUGAAGCCGAGCCCGCUGGCUCUCUUGAAGCCGACUGGCGUCUCCUAGGAUCCAGCGACUCUACUCCAAAUCCAUUCCAGAUCGGCGAAACGCGCAAACGCGAAGCACUACACCACCGUAUGGUUGAUCGCGUCGCACGGAAUAAACGUGCUGAGAAGGCUGCACGGACUACCAAGACGCCUGUCGCGACGCCGCGCUUCGCUAGUAGCCCGCGCAUUGAUUUCGGGCUGCGGUCUAGCCCGACGCCUGGCUCCUCGGUUGGUUCGAAGAUGUUAACCCCUGCUGCGCAGAAACUUCUGAAUCAGGUCGGGAGUACGCCGAGAGCUUCAGGAUCGAAGUCAAAGUCGGGGUUGGGGAAUAUGUGGACUCCGACACCGCGACGGAUGUGA